CAGCCAGUUGCCACUCGUCAGACAGUUUUGGAGUGAACGCGUUUGUGUUCGGUCCGUCCGAGCCCGUUCGGUGAAUGUGCGUUGUAUCUGUGACGUCGUCGAGCACAUAACAUAAUAAUACAAUAAAAACUCAUCGUCGAAUCGUGUACCUACUUGCGACGAGAACACGAAAUAGGCGGGUAUAUUCGUCCGAAACGGCGACCGACCAGUCGACGGGAAAAUACGAUAAUAACGAUUAAUGGUAAUAGUACUUGAUUUUAUCGUACGGUGACUGUUGCUGGUGGAAAACGGACGUGCAGAGCGCCCUGCAGAGGAAGAAGAGAAGGCGUUUUUGUUUUGUUUGUUGUUUUUGUUGUUGUUGUUGUUAUUAUUAUUAUUAUUAUUAUUAUUAUCAUCAUUAUUAGUAUUAUAUCAUUGUAUUGUGAUAUUGUAUCGUUAUUGUCGCUGCCGUCAGUUGUAAUAUUAUAAUAGUGUGACACAUCGCAUAAUAUUCCUCCGUCGCCGGUAUAUCAUACCUGUGCGUCGAAAACACCAUUACACCUUGAUGUGCACCAGCGGCGGCUUCAGCUGAUCGACCAAACACGACCAAAGACAUUGAAGACGUCAACAUGUCCGGUUUACAGCAGCAGCAGCAGCAACAGGAACAGCAUCAACAGGUCAGCAUCAAAAUGGAACCGACCGGACCGAACAGCCCGCCGCCCGCCGCCAACAGCAACCUGGUGGUCCGGGUGGACCAGAACUCGGAGACGGACCUGCAGGCGCUGUUCGACACGGUGCUGAAGCCGGACGGCAAGAAGCCGCUCCAGUUGCCGUAUCGCAUGCGCCAACUGCCCAAGUCGUUCUUCAACCCGCCGUCCACCGGCUCCAAGUCGCCGUCCAUAUCGCACAGUCGCGAAAACUCGGGAGACUCGACGUUCGGCAUCGCGACCGCAUCGGCACAGUCGUGUACCGGCGGCGGCCCGGUCCCGUUGCACUCGCGCGCGCACAGCUCGCCCGCCUCGUUGCAGCAGACGUACGCCGUGAGCGCGGCCAAGCAGCAGCAGCAGCAGCAGCAGCACUCCAAGCAGCGCAGCUACGACGUGUCCAGCGCCAUCGACGAGCUGGGACCGCUGCCGCAGGGAUGGGAACAGGCUCGGACUCCCGAAGGACAGAUUUACUAUUUGAAUCACCUCACCAGAACGACCCAAUGGGAAGAUCCGAGAAAGAGCUUGGCUGCUCAGGCAGCAAACCAACACCAGCGCAGCGCCGAACAAUUGCUAAGCCCCGGCAACGACAGUGGAUCAAGCACGAACGCCACCAGCACGCCUACAAACUCGCCACCGCACAUCCAUUCGACCCUCCAAGGAACGAACAAAAACGUGACACUAGGACCACUGCCGGACGGAUGGGAACAAGCCGUCACCGGGGAUGGAGAGACUUACUUCAUAAAUCACAUUGCCAGAACCACAUCGUGGUUCGAUCCAAGAAUACCCGUUCAUUUACAAAGAGCACCAACGUCGGGCGCCGUGUUGCCUUCCGGUUCAGCGUCAUGGCUGUUAAACGGAGCUUCCGGUUUGUCACAGUCGCUCCAAGUCACUCAGCAAAAGCUCAGGUUACACUCACUUCAAUUAGAGCGUGAACAUCUAAAGAGUCGCCAACAGGAAAUCAUUCGUCAGCAAGAUCUGAUGUUACGCACGGGUCAGACGAACAACGACCUCGACCCGUUCCUAUCGUGCAGCAGCAAUAGCGUUGAUCAUUCGCGGCAAGAAUCGGCUGACAGCGGUUUGGGUUUGGGAAACAACUACUCGCUGCCGCACACUCCCGAAGACUUUUUGUCGUCAAACAUGGACGACAACAUGGACUGUACUUCAGAGAGCGAUAAUCCGGGUCCUUCAUCCGACAUGUCGGUAGUCGAUUCACAAGAAAUGGCCACGUUGGAUGUCACCGAAGACUUAGUCCCGUCGCUUCAAUUAGGGGACGAUUUUGGUAAUGACAUUCUGGACGAAGUACAACUGUUGAUCGACCCGAACAAUAAACCAGGAUCGAUUUUGACUUGGCUUUAAAAACACGUUUCGUAUAUAAACUGUUUUUUUUCUCUUUUUUUUUUUUUUUAAUGUCACCCUCAUUAAGAAGUUUAAAAAUUAUAUAUAAAUUAUAUUUAUUUUGUGUGUGCGUACGUGUGCACAAGAUAUGUUUGUCAUAUUAACCUAGUCUAAGAAAUAUGAACGUAUGUAUGUGUGUCGAAUGACGUGUAAAAAAUUGUGUAUGACGUUAUUACUAAAUUAUUAUACUAAUAUAAUGUAGAGUAUCACCCCGACGUAGCGGUGUUAUUGCGCGUAUGUCACGUAACCGAUUAUCGAUUGUUCCGAUUUAGGUUUGUAUAGAUUAUAAUAAAUAUUAUUAUUAUCAAUGACCAAUGCGCGUAAACACCGGCGAAUUGGAUUAUAAAAUAAAAACAAAACUCCGGUAUAGCUUGGAGUUAAAAUGUCGAAACGUUGUGGUUGACGUAGUUCCGUCGCUGCAGCCACACGCCAAUAAACGUACACGCAAAACAAGCAUUUAAACGAAUUAUUUGGCUGAUCGUGUAUUAUAAUAGUAGUGGACAGCCUAUUUUCAUCGAUGGAAACUCUAAUAAAAUUGAUGUAAUAUUAUUUUAUUUUCGUUCACUGCCAAAAUGAUAAGGGUUAAAUUUUACAGGGUAUGACAUUUUUUUUUACUACAAACCUAAUAUAUUAAACAUUUGUAUUUAUAAAUUAUUUUUUCACGCAAGAUUUUAUGUAAGGGAGAUUUUAAAUAUAUAUUUUUCAACGUCUCUAUAAAAGUAUGUGAAACAUGACUUUUGGGGAUAUUUCGUACUAUAGUCUCUAAAAUAUUUAAACAUAUCCAUACAUUUUCUAUGUCCAUAGACUCUUUUACAACUAGUAAAUGACAACAAAUAAAUGUAUACCAUAUAGGUAUAGAUGACUAUAAUUUUUAAUGAAUUUAAAUUUUUACAAUUGCCGUUAUCAUUUAUAACUAUAUCAAAUGCUAUUACUUACAUAUGAAUGACAUUUUUCAGACCAAUAUUUAACGAUUUACAUCAAAAUAAUUACCCUGCGUGUACGUGUAUGUAGGUAUUUAUAUUUUUUAAUUUAAAUAAGUAUGACAAAUUGAGUGUUGUGAAUUCGCGUUUAAAUAACGUUUAUUUUAUUAAUACGAUAAAAUGUUUUCGUACUGAUCAAAGCAACGAGUGCCUUAAAAAACUUAAGCAAUAUUUAUGUAACCGUCCUUAUUUGUUGAAUAUAUGUUGAAUGCGCGGAAACGUUUUAUUUAUCUUGUUGACAGUAUUAAGUUUAUAUUAUUAUGUAUUUUUUUCUCAUAAUAUAUUUUUAAAUUAUAGAGUUGCAAAUGACAAUCGUACUUAAGUUCUCGCUACGAGCGUAUUCAUCCACCUAGAGUGGAGCGCCAUACGGCAGCGAGUUAUCAAUCUCCCCCUCCCUCCUUUACUUUUACAAUAGCACACUUAAAUUUGUUGGUAUAAAAUUUAUUUUUGUGCUUCAUGAAUCA